AUGAAUUUGUUUAGUUGUUCUUCCUCGUUCAAUUACACUGCUGUGCUGCGUUUGAAGAUGGAGGAACACGAGAAUGGCGCCAACGCAAGCGAAGAGGAACAGUUGAUAGGCCCGGGCCCGGCCCCUCGGGCUCGGCCCAAGCGACCCCUUCAGUUCGAGCAUGCCUACCUCGACGCGUUACCCUCCGCCAACAUGUCAGUUUUUGCGCCAAACAUCCUAGUUUUUGAAUUAGGGUACGAGAAAAGUUAUAUGCACCGUGAUGUGGUUACGCAUGUCGCUGUUUCAGCUGCGGAUUUUUUCAUCACUGGAAGUUCCGAUGGGCAUUUGAAGUUUUGGAAGAAAAAGCCUAUUGGUAUUGAGUUUGCCAAACACUUCAGAUCUCAUCUUGGUCCAAUUGAAGGUCUAUCCGUUAGUAUUGAUGGUCUGCUUUGCUGCACAAUAUCAAAUGACCGCUCUGUAAAAAUAUAUGACGUAGUCAACUUUGACAUGAUGGUCAUGAUUCGCUUGCCGUAUAUUCCUGGUGCUGUUGAAUGGGUUUACAAACAAGGGGAUGUCAAAGCUAAGCUUGCCAUUAGUGAUAGGGACUCAUCUUUUGUGCACAUAUAUGAUGCACGAUCUGGUUCAAAUGAUCCCAUCAUUUCCAAAGAGAUACAUAUGGGUCCUAUCAAAGUUAUGAAGUACAAUCCUGUAUGUGAUUCUGUACUUUCGGCAGAUGCAAAGGGGAUAAUUGAAUACUGGAGUCCUGCAACACUUCAAUUCCCAGAGGAAGAGGUCAAUUUUAAACUGAAAAGUGAUACUAACCUCUUUGAAAUUGCAAAAUGCAAGACUUCUGUUUCAGCUAUUCAGGUAAGUCCAGAUGGUAAACAAUUUUCCAUUACAUCACCUGAUCGAAGGAUUCGUGUGUUUUGGUUCAGAACUGGUAAAUUAAGGCGGGUUUAUGAUGAAUCUCUGGAGGUUGCUCAAGAUCUCCAAAGAAGUGAUGCUCCAUUAUACCGGUUGGAAGCUAUUGAUUUUGGUCGAAGAAUGGCUGUUGAGAAGGAAAUAGAAAAGACAGAAAGUGCACCACUUCCAAAUGCAGUCUUUGACGAAAGUUCCAAUUUUCUUAUAUAUGCAACCUUGCUUGGGAUAAAAAUAGUUAAUCUGCACACCAAUAAAGUUGCUCGAAUACUUGGAAAGGUGGAGAAUAAUGAUAGGUUCUUAAGAAUAGCUUUAUAUCAAGGUGAUCGGGGUAGCAAAAGAGUAAGAAAGAUCCCUUCAGCAGCUGCAAAUGCUAAUGAGAGCAAGGAGCCUUUGACAGAUCCCACACUCCUGUGUUGUGCCUUCAAAAAGCACAGAAUAUAUUUAUUCAGUCGAAGAGAACCAGAGGAGCCUGAAGAUGCAACUAAAGGAAGAGAUGUGUUCAAUGAAAAACCUCCUGCUGAUGAACUUUUGGCAGUUUCAGAUAUUGGAAAGUCAGUUACAACAUCGCUUCCUGACAACGUGAUUCUACAUACCACAAUGGGUGAUAUUCACAUGAAAUUAUAUCCCGAGGAAUGUCCCAAAACUGUGGAGAAUUUCACAACUCACUGCCGAAAUGGCUAUUAUGACAAUCUUAUUUUUCAUAGGGUCAUCAAAGGCUUCAUGAUACAAACAGGAGAUCCUUUAGGAGAUGGCACUGGUGGGCAAUCUAUUUGGGGAAGAGAAUUUGAGGAUGAAUUUCAUAAAAGCUUGAGGCAUGAUAGACCGUUCACAGUAUCAAUGGCAAAUGCGGGCCCAAAUACAAAUGGUUCUCAGUUCUUUAUCACCACAGUAGCUACACCAUGGUUAGACAACAAGCACACUGUAUUUGGUAGAGUUGCAAAGGGAAUGGAUGUUGUACAGGGUAUAGAAAAGGUGAAGACAGACAAGACAGACAAGCCAUAUCAAGAUGUUAAAAUUCUAAAUGUCACUGUACCAAAGUCUUGA